GGAAAGGAAGGUUGAAAAUGUUCUUAAUCUGAAAAGAAUUCUGUCCCCACCUCUCUCUACUGUCUCUCCCGCUUCCGUGUCCUCUUCCUCUGUGUUCGAGUGCAUUCUGACCACUAAGCUUGGGUGGAAAGUUGAAAGACAGCAAACCUGCUACACCCAGCCAGGGCUCCCGAUAGGUGGGCGAGCAAAGUUCUAGGGCUGAGCGUUCCUUUCUCAGCUCCUGGCCAUGAAGGCGCUCCCGGAUACCUGCCCUGCUUGGCGCGGCACUGAAGAUUCGCCGCGGCGGAACAGUUGAAUCUCCAUCUGGCUACCAACCCACCCAAGCUUUCUUCUCCUCCAUCACCACCUUCCUGCCUCCCCCUCCUCCCCCUCCUUUCCGUCUUCCCUCUCCACCCCCGCCCCCAAUCUCCUCCUCUUUUUCUCACUACAAGCGGUUGCUGAUGCUGAAGCCGAGCGUCACUUCGGCUCCCACGGCAGACAUGGCGACAUUGACAGUGGUCCAGCCGCUUACUCUGGACAGAGAUGUUGCGAGAGCAAUUGAACUACUAGAAAAGCUACAAGAAUCCGGAGAAGUACCAGUGCACAAGCUGCAGUCUCUCAAAAAGGUGCUUCAGAGUGAGUUUUGUACAGCAAUCCGAGAGGUGUAUCAAUACAUGCAUGAAACGAUUACUGUUAAUGGCUGCCCUGAAUUCCGUGCGAGGGCCACAGCAAAGGCAACAGUUGCAGCUUUUGCAGCCAGUGAAGGCCACUCCCACCCUCGGGUAGUCGAACUGCCAAAGACUGAUGAAGGCCUGGGUUUUAACGUGAUGGGAGGGAAGGAACAGAAUUCUCCAAUUUACAUCUCCCGCAUCAUCCCUGGAGGGGUGGCUGAGAGACACGGAGGCCUCAAAAGAGGAGACCAGCUGCUAUCAGUGAACGGAGUGAGCGUGGAAGGGGAACAUCACGAGAAAGCCGUCGAACUGCUCAAGGCUGCUAAGGACAGUGUGAAGCUGGUCGUCAGAUACACCCCAAAAGUCCUGGAGGAGAUGGAGGCUCGUUUUGAGAAGCUGAGGACAGCUCGGCGUCGGCAGCAGCAACAGUUGCUUAUUCAGCAGCAGCAGCAGCAGCAGCAGCAGCAGCCGCAACAAAACCACAUGUCAUAGGCCCUUGAAGAACAGCUAGCAGGUCAAUCAUCCAACAGUCACAAAUUUGGAACCCGUGCUCCGGAAUCCCAGCACAUAGAAAAAGGAAAAGAAAACACCAGUAAACACCUGUCACAAAACUGUGAACACAUGGUGUAUCCAUCCUUUACCAAGACAAUUCGACAUCUUCCUCCUCUGGGCACCAGCCCCCGUUCAUUGCUUUUUUACCUACUCAGACCUUCCAUUCAUGGCAGUGGACAUGCAGUGUGUUGAGGGAGAGAAGUAUUCCAGUCUGCAGACUGAAAGAGUGUAAGAAUAAAGUCUGUGACUUUUGAACAAAUCACCUGGGCUAGGAUUAAGUGAAUCUUUGGUCAAGGCUCUUCCAGAGAUUAGCAAACCCUUCAUUAGGCUAUAGUUCAAACUGCAUCAGUUCAAGGUUGUGGCCACUUGAAAGGAACCUCAUAUCGACCUCUGCCCUGACCCUUUCCACAGUCUAUGUUGCUGAGCUGUCUGAAUUGGAAUUUGAUUCAGUUACAAACUCAACCUCCAUUCUCCUCUUGAAAAUGCCAAGUUCUUAUUCCAUAUAAUCUGUUCUGAACUUGGAAACAGUUGGCUUUUUAGUUUUCAUUCCUACCAAUUUCCAAACACAUCAGCUGAAGUUUUUUUAUUUUAGAGUAUUUUAGCUGAACUUUUAAUUUAUUAGAAGUGCAGGUUGGAACUUAAUGCUGUCCUUUUUUAGAAAGUUAAGUAUUGCCUGUAUCUAUUAUUAGUUUAGACAGACUGUAAUGUAUAUUUGUUCCAAAAAAUAUAUAUAAGACCAGAGUACACUGGUUAUAACUUGGUUCUUUGUUCGCCAAGGGUCACUACUCUGGUAAGAGAUUCUCUAGACUUUAUGGAUUCCUUCUCAUUUGAUAUAUGUAAACUGCCCUCAAUAUUUUCUUGUUAAAUUUUAUUUAUUCAUUUCCACUGAUGAACUUUAGAGAAGUCUAAACCCAUCCUGCACACAUUGAUGUACUUUCAUAGAAAUCUAUUUGAUAUUUUAAAUCUUGGAGAUUUAUAAAACUGAACUAUAACAUGUGCACAUAGAUAUACAUCAAAAGGGAUAUCUCACACAAAGUUUAGAUCGGUAACCCUAAAUACAAAUUUUAUUUUUUUUUGACAGUCUAAGAUCAAAGGUACUGGCCCUUUUAUAUUGAAAUAUGUGGAACCCAGGGAUACCAGUAUUGUAAAUGACAGAUACUGCUUUCUCCAAGGGGAAAUCUAUUUCAAUUUGCAUAUUCCCACUUGUAAAUAAGCAAUCAGAUUUGUUCAGCUUUCAUAAAGAUCUGUUAGCACCUCCUGUACACACAAUUUUUUUUUAAUUUUGAGUAAAUCUAGACACAUAAUCUGGUUUUCCAUAAUGUAAUGAAUAGACACUUAAACACCUUAAGCACAAAAAUGUACACACAUACACACAGACACACACACCCCAAAGAAUAACUGCCUCGUUAAAGCAAGCAGAUGGAUCAUCAAAACAGAGUCCACUAGUUUAAUAUGUCCAUUCUUUUUUUUGCAAAAGCAGAAAAUGGUUCGUCAAGCUACAAAGAAUUUGGUAUUUCAGAUAGUCCUCUAGCAUAGAAAUUUGUGAAGCUCAGCUUACAAGCCAUCUUCCUGAAACUAAACAAACCAAUUAGACAUACCCAGCAUGUAAUGUCUCGCACCAUCGGGUGGUACUACUGUCAAGAGCAAUGUCUUACUGCUUUAGAUAGCGCAUUGCCCACCGGGUGACAAACAGCCAGAAAACCAAGAGCUACACCAAUUUAUUUCAACCUUAUCCUGUUAUGGUAACAGAUUCCCAUCCUCAAAAAUAUAUCCUUUUUGUUUUUUUUUAACUAGAGAAAGGUUGGGGGGAGGGGUCAGUGAGGAGCCAGAAUGUAAUAUAAAAUAGGCCAAUAAAAGGGACAAGCAUGACAAAAAGAAAUAAGUGCAGAUUAUGAGUAUUAUUCAGUUUGAAAGAUAGUUCUCAUUUUUAUAAAAAAAUGUAAUAAACAUAUAUUUUAGUUAUCAUUUAAGAAAGAAAUAUUAAAGCUAUUCAGGAGAUGCCACAAAACUCUCAUAAAAGGAAAUCAUCUCACCCUUAUAAUGAGAAAAUGGUCAUUUCAACGAGUUUCAGUACGUUGUAUAAAUUUGGAGCUUAAGACGAUUAUGUUUUCCCUUAGCUGUUACGUGUUUAGUUAAUACCAAACUUAAUAUAUGGUUUCGCAUCAGUACAAGUAUUGUCAGAAGCCACUAUGAAAUAAGCAGGUACUUUUUAAGCUGGUGUUUUCUAGAAGUCUUUGAAUUUUAUGCUUCAUCUGUACAACGUGUAGCGCUGAUAAAUGUAUGCCAAGUUGUUUGUCGAAAUGAAGCAAUCCAUCAUGUGUCCAGAAGCCAAGGGAUAGGUUAUACGUCUUCACGGUCUUACAAAUGGCUGGUUCUCUUUAGCGAAGUUUGUCUCAUUAAAAUGUAAGCAUUUCCCUGGAAUUUUAAUCAAAAGUGACACCCUCAAAGACUUACAGAAGCCCCUGGUGCAUCUCUGAAGUUUCACUGAAGCAAGAUGGAGAAGGAAGAACAAAUCCACCAUGAUUUGUACUGAACUUCUUUAUUCCCAAGAAUCACAAACAAAGCCUCUCAUAUGACUGAUGUCAUCCAUUAAAAGAAAAGGCAUCGUACGUAGACUGUACUUCCAUGCAGUUCAAUAUAAAUAUAAUAAAUGGGGUGUUAAAAGUUAGGAAGAAAUGGUUGUGACAGGAACCUGAUGGAGUGAAUCUCAGCUCCCUCCCUUGGUCAAGUGCAAGUAACUCUCUCUGCACCUUUUCCCUGCUAUGAUACUAAGGCAAGCACAAAAGGUAAAAGAAAUCCUGAACCUUUUCACUGGAGCAUUUACAUUUUGAUUCUGCAGCCAUUUGCAACAGAACAUCUGCAGGGAGAUAAUGAGCUUAAAUUACAAUUGACUUUGGAAGAAUAA